GUGGCAUCAGUGUAUUAAUUUGUGGUCUCAAUAUAGUAACUCAUAGCCUCAAUAUACUGCUCUGUGUCCUCAAUACAGUAAUGUCUCUCAAUAUGGUCUCAACAUAAUUUGUGACCCCAAUAUAGUAACUUGUGGCCUCAAUAUAUGAUGGGUUUUGGACAUGUUUUGGUCUGUACUCUAUUGGGUAACUUUAGAAGCAAUCCGGCAACCCUGAAUCUGUACAGUAGGUGGCGGUAAUAACAAACCCACCCCAGCGCUCAGUCUGAAUAGAGCCCUAGAAGAAGAAACUGUAGUCCAGCGUGAGUGUGUUCAUCAUGGCGUGUGUGAGCUGGAAGGUCGUGCGGGCUGUGAGACCCAGAGCCUUCAUUAACUUCACAAAACCUAAAGCUUUUACUCCAGGACCGCUUUACAGCACCGACGCAGGCGCCUCCACGGGAGAAGACCCGGCAGGAGCGGCUGAGAAGCCGAAGAAAGGCUUUGCUGCCGCUUACGAGCUCCACUCUGACCUGAAGCUCCAGCAGCAGGAGGAGCGCAGCGGCGGCGGCAGCGCGGUGCAGCCGGCCCGCAGGAGCUCCGCCCGGCAGGACGCGUCCUUCGCCUCGCUGCUUCGCCACUCCCCGCUCAUGCAGAUGGGCCCGGCCAAGGACAAAACAGUCAUCGGCAAAAUCUUCCACGUGGUCCAGGACGACCUGUACAUCGACUUCGGCGGCAAGUUUCACUGCGUGUGCAAGCGGCCCGAGGCGGACGGUGAGCGGUACCGGCGGGGCAGCAGGGUGAGGCUGAGGCUGGAGGACCUGGAGCUCACCUCCCGCUUCCUGGGCGGUGGCACCGACACCACGCUGCUGGAGGCGGACGCCACUCUGCUGGGACUGGUGGAGAGCAGAGAGGGCAAAGCGAAGGAGUAGCGAUGUUCGGGGGCCACGCACUUUUGGACAGUAUUUAUAAGAGCCAUAUUGUAUAUUUUUCUUUUCCCCUUUGAGGUCCACUUGUGGCAUUUGUGUAAUUUAUGCAUCAAAACAGUCAUAGUUCAUUUUUACAUGAUCAUUCUGCAAUCUCUUAGAAUAAACUGCCUGUUUUGCUA